AUGAAGGCAUCCGCAAAAGCCACCAAGCCCAAGCCACUCAAACCCCUGGCCCAAUCAUUUGGCUGGAUCAAACAGUUGGAGUACAUCGACAUUAACCUCAACAACUCGCGGAAGUUGAUCCAGAACUUGGACAACCUAAGCAAUUCGACUACUGGCCUUGUCAAUGACGUGGACAUGAAGGUUAAUGGAGGCAUGAUCGGCGUCCAACGUGUCAAGGCUGCCUUGGACUGGCUCGAUUAG